AAUUUUUAUUUUGUCAGUUUCUAUUGCUAUACGUGCAGACGUGGGACUUUGUCUAGUUUUUUUAAGUGUGCAUUUCUGUUCUUCAAAGAACAGAUUCACUUUCAAAUUUUGAAUUAUCUGGUUGAUGGCACCAACAUCUGUGGACAAGGAAGGAGUGUGGGGAAAACGAACAUCAACGUUGGAUUGGUGUGAAGAAAACUACGUUGUCACUCCUUACAUCGCAGAAUUCUGGAACACCAUCAGUAACAUUGUUAUGAUAGUUCCUCCUGCUGUAUGUGCAUACUACUUCUGGAAAAAGGGACUCGAAUUGCGUCAUAUACUUUCUGGAAUUUCUUUGUUAGUUGUUGGUGUCGGAUCAUGGUGUUUCCAUAUGACUCUGCUAUAUGAAAUGCAAUUACUGGAUGAACUGCCUAUGAUCUACGGUUCCUGCGUUUUUCUUUAUGCUUUGAAUCACCAUGCACACAAACCAAAUCACCGAGACUACACAUAUGUAUUUGCACUGAUUUUAACAUGUAUUUUUGUUACCAUUGUCUACCUCUACUGGAAAAAUCCAAUGUUUCACGAGUCUAGUUAUGGAUUCUUAGUAUUCUACCUCCUCUAUGAAGCACUCAAGGCAUGCAAAAACCAUCCAGAAAUCAUACCUUGGGCUGGAGUUUCCCUUGUUAUCUAUGCAUCUGGCUUUAUACUGUGGAAUAUAGACAACAACUUCUGCUCUUCGUUGAGACAUACUAGAAAAAAUCAUCUGCACCCUGCAGUUGGACCUGUAACCCAACUUCAUGCAUGGUGGCAUUUACUUACUGGCACUGGCACUUAUCUACACAUUUUGGUUUCGGCAUAUGCCAGGACUUUGCAUCUCAAGAGAGAGAGUUCGAUAAAGCUGCUUGGGGGAGUAUGGCCUUAUUUACAUCUGGGAGAAAAGGUUUAAUGAGAAUACACAACAUGCACUGUGCCUGUCAACAGAAGCAAAUUUGGUGUUUUAAUUGUAGCAAAAUCAUUUAGAUUUCGAAAAUUAUAUUUAGGUAAUUAUUGUUAUUUGUGGUGUUUUUAUAUAUAGCUCUGUGUGUAAUUUUAUUUUUAAUUCUUGAUUUAAUUUGAAUCUUUUAACCAAAGAAAUAUAAUAAAUGGCGAACAUGGUACUAAGUUA